AUGGCUUACAACUCUACGAAACCUGUUGAAUUUAAAGAAAAUACUGUCAUUGUCAUAUUUGGUGCAUCUGGGGAUUUAGCCAAGAAAAAGACCUUCCCUGCUUUAUUCGGUCUAUUUAGAGAAGGUUACUUAAGUUCUACCACCAAAAUUAUUGGGUACGCAAGAUCUAAACUGACUGAUGCUAAGUUAAGAGCAAACAUUGAGCCUCAUUUGAAUAUUACUAAGGAAUCCUUGGCAAGGAAUCCAAACAUAGUUAAUGAUUUUUUCCAAUUGGUAAAAUAUGUUUCUGGUCCAUAUGAUACAGAGGAAGGCUUCUUACAAUUAAAAGAAGAAAUUGAUACUUUUAAAAUUAAAAGAAAUUUAAACAAUUUGAAUCAAUUGUUUUAUUUGGCUUUACCACCUGAUGUUUUCUUGACUGUGGCUAAAAAUAUUAAGCAUUUGAUUUAUGAUCCACAUGGUAUUAAUAGAAUCAUUGUCGAAAAACCUUUUGGUAAAGAUUUGGAAUCUGCAAGAGAAUUACAAAAAAAUUUGGCUCCUUUAUUCAAUGAAAGAGAGUUAUAUAGAAUAGAUCAUUAUCUGGGUAAAGAGUUGGUUAAAAAUAUCUUACAAUUAAGAUUCUCGAACACUUUCUUAAAUGCUUCUUGGAAUAAAGAAAAUAUUCAAAGUAUUCAAAUUUCUUUCAAAGAACCUUUUGGUACAGAAGGUAGAGGUGGUUAUUUCGAUUCCAUUGGUAUCAUUAGAGAUGUCAUGCAAAACCAUCUUUUACAAAUAUUAACUCUAUUAACCAUGGAAAGACCAAUUUCUUUCGAUCCUGAAGCUGUAAGAGAUGAAAAAGUUAAAAUCUUAAAGGAAUUAGCCACUAUUAAUCAAAAAGAUAUCUUAAUUGGUCAGUAUGGUAAAUCAACCGAUGGUACAGAUAAGCCUUCUUAUUUAGAUGAUGAAACUGUUCCAAAGGGUUCUAAAUGUAUCACUUAUGCUGCUUUAACUUUUAAAAUUAGAAAUGAAAGAUGGGAUGGUGUCCCAAUUAUUAUGAGAGCUGGUAAGGCCUUAAAUGAAGGGAAAGUAGAAAUUAGAAUACAAUAUAAACCUGUUCCUUCAGGAAUCUUCUCAGAUGUAGAAAGAAACGAAUUAGUCAUUAGAGUACAACCAGAUGCAGCAGUUUAUAUGAAAUUCAAUGCCAAGAAGCCAGGUUUGUCAAAUGAUAUGCAAUUGACAGAUUUAGAUUUAACUUACUCAAAUAGAUUCAAAGAUUUCUGGAUCCCUGAAGCUUAUGAAGUUUUAAUUAGAGAUGCUCUAUUGGGUGAUCAUUCUCAUUUCGUAAGAGAUGAUGAAUUAGAUGUAAGUUGGGGGUUAUUCACGCCUUUGUUAGAGUAUUUAGAAGGACCAAAUGCCCCACAACCUGAAAUUUAUCCUUAUGGUUCAAGAGGUCCAGCAGGUUUAAGGGCUUAUUUAGAAAACCAUGAUUUUGUUUUCCAUACAAAGGGUUCUUAUAACUGGCCUGUAACAAGACCAGAUGAUGAAGUAAAGUGUCCUGCUCCAGUACCAACUCCAAUGACAGGAAUUGAUGAAAAUGAUAGCAACUGA